UUCGUAACAGUCUUUCGGUCGCACCAAUAACAGUUCGACCUCUUCCACUGGUGCUCCACAGCGAAAGUUUCGGCUUAAUAAUUCUGUGCUAUCUGUGUAUUUGCUUUGGUGACAUUACAACAUUCAGUUAUAAACGUCGCGUCAUGUUUUUGGCAUUAUUCUGUCUGGCCGCUGCCGUGAUAUUUUUCUUUUACCUGAAGUUUGAAUACUCUUCAUAUGUGAGGACCAUCGACUUGAUUCCAGGACCUCCGAAAGUUCCUUUUUUCGGAAACGCACUUUCGAUUCCACUCGAUCCUUAUGGUGGUCUUCAAAAAAUCUCAGUGGAGUGGCCAAAAAAGUACGGACAUUUUAGACGUGGCUGGUUUGGCUUCAGGGGUUACAUUGACAUCUCUUGCCCAUUAGUGACAGAGGAAAUAUUGUCGAGUCAAAAAUUUAUUGACAAAAGCAAGGAUUAUGACAUGCUGAUGCCAUGGCUUGGUGAAGGACUUCUUACUUCAGCAGGUAACAAAUGGCGGAAAAGGAGACGUUUGCUGACUCCGGCCUUCCAUUUCCAGAUUCUUGACAAUUUCUUUGACACUUUUAACAAAAGUGCCGAUAUUCUGUGCCAACAAUUACAACGUUCGCUAUCCAAGAAAGCGGAAUUGAAUCAAACAGAAGAAAUUGAAGUCUUCCCUUACCUCAAACGAUGCACCCUCGACAUUAUUUGCGAGGCAGCGAUGGGCGUCAAAAUCAAUGCGCAAAUAGAAGAUUCUGAAUACAUUUAUGCCGUACAAAGGUAUUCCAUGGUAUUAUUGGAGUAUUUCACUUCGAUAUGGAGUUUUCUCCCUCAACGGAUUUACUUUAUGACGAAGCACGGCAAAGAGUAUCAAAAAUGCUUGAAAAUUAUUCACGGCUUUACAUCCAAAGUGAUUCAAGAAAGAAGAAAAGAAAUCGACCAAGAAUUGGAGACAAAGGAGGUGAAAGAAAAGCAAGAUGGGCCUGAGGAAUCGCAGUUUAAAUCAAAAAAACGAAGGGCUUUUCUCGAUUUGAUGCUUAUCGCUGCGAAAGAAGGAGCGGAUCUGACAGACAUGGAUAUCCGCAAUGAAGUCGACACUUUUAUGUUUGAGGGUCAUGAUACAACCGCCUGUGCUGCAGUUUGGUUCUUGUACUGCAUGGCAAUUCACCCAGAUUGUCAGGAAUUAGCAAGGGAAGAGCUAAACGCCGUGUUUGGAGAUUCAGAUCGCCCUUGCACCAUAGAGGAUGCGUCCAAAUUGAAAUAUUUAGAAUGUUGCAUCAAGGAAACGCUUCGUCUUUAUCCGAGUGUUCCCCACAUCAAGCGAUACAACACUGAAGACUUCGUACUAAGCAACGGAUUUAAAAUCCCAGCUGGCGCUUCCUACUCUAUUCAUAUCUACACUCUCCACCGCAACGAAGAAUUCUUCCCAGAUCCUCUUUCGUUCAAACCCGAGAGAUUUUACAGCGACCAAUGUAGCGGGAGACACCCGUUCGCCUUUGUCCCGUUUAGUGCCGGGCCAAGGAACUGCAUUGGUCAGAGAUUCGCUCUCUAUGAAGAAAAAGUUAUCUUUUCGACUUUGCUCAGGCGGUUUCGAUUUACUUACAACACUACCAAUCACGGACCGGCCAAAGCAUGCGCCGAUAUGUUACUCAAACCCCAUCACGAUAUGCCCUUAGGAAUUACACCACUAAAGACUAAAGAAAUCGUUAGAGAAUUGUAAUGAAAUUUGAGCGAACUUUGAGGCUUGCGUUCUUCGGUUUGAAAUGUAAUUACUGCGUAGUGAAACGCGGAAGGAUUCUAAAUUGACUUAUCGUGUUUAAUAAAAAAAUAGAAUGUUAAACAAAAAAAAAAAAAUUUAAACCAUACUAACGCCAUUAUUUCUUGCACCGUUGUUUCACUUGACAAGCCGAUCGUGCCACCUUUCAUGGAAAAUGUAAGGUAAUACUAAAAUACACCAAUUAAGAUUUCCA